AAUCCACACUGAAGGGCAAUUUUUUAUAGCACAACUGUGUACCAUUAUAAAAUUUAUAACUAUCUUUUUUCAAAAAUAAAAAUAACAAUAAAUCUAUAACACUGUAAUAUUCUUUGAAUAUAUACUACUGGAGUGUACUGGGCAUAGAUAGUAUAGUACUGGAGAUUAAUCUAUGGUAGGUAACCUUAACAUCUAAUCCAUGCUUAAUAUGUUUUUAAUGAGGGGUUGAACCUAUGGAUUAAUUUGAUAAAGCCAUAGAAAAUAAAGCAUUAUCAGUGUAGCCUAUCACAUAACCUAUUCAUUUUGUUUAUUUUAAGGAAUUAAAAUACUGAUCGUGAGAGUUGUGUAAUGUUUAUUACUAUUGAUUACUAUCAAUAUAUUUUAUAGUUUCUAACAAGGAAGAGUAUACAUUUGUUGCAAUGGCUAGUAAUAGUUGCCUGACGAAGGAAUCUAUGUUUUCGGAUGAUAUUUGUUCAACUAUUUUUCAAACAUAUUCCGACCAAUACAUAAAUAAUGAAAACUUUAAUAACGAUAAUGAAAAUCCACCUGGUCAGAUAGAUAAUGUUUCUGUUUCUUCAAAUAGUUCUGCCAGUAAUUUGAAAAUCGAUGCUCCUGAGUUUAUUCCAUUUCAAAAAUUGAAAAUUGGAGAUUUAAAAGGUCAUAAGACAAUGGAUUGUUUGAAAGAUAAUUCAGAGACAACAGUUAUUUCUAAUGAUAAUGAUAAUAAGUUUGAUGCAGAUUUCAAAAAUGAUGUGUUAUUCUUGCUUCAAAACAUACUGAAGAAGUUAGCAAGUGAGUUUUCCCAUCUAAAUCGAAAACAAGAGGAUUUGUUAUUUAAAAGGGAAGAUAGGGUAAACUUUCUACAAAAAAUGUUUCUGGAUGAGGUAAAUAAAGAAAAACAAAAAUUAGAAGAAGAAAAAAUAAAAAAUGUGCAAUUGCAAGCUAAGUUAGAAAGCCUUAGUGAAAUUUUAGCCAAAACAACUAAGGAAAAGGAAGAGCAAAUUAAACAAAAUGUUUUGCUGAAGAGCUACCUAGAGAAACAGUUAGAUGUCAUGAAUAAUUUUCAAAAAAAUGUGUUAACAGAAUAUCAUAGAAGAUGCUGUUACAUGAAAAUGAAGCUGCAACAAGUAGCUCCGUAUAUUACAUGCUCUGUGCCUUGGUAUAAAGACUUCCAAACAAAUUUACAAGCAUGGACAAGCUAUGAAAUUUUACUUACAAAACAUUUAGCUUCUGUAGAGAGUAAUUCGAAAUUAUUAAAAAUUGUGGACUAUAAUAAACUGGACAAUUUACCUGAUUAUUGUAACUUUCCUAUUUCUGAACCAAAAAGCAUUUUAAACGAUGCUUUUUUACAUGUAAUCCAUUCAUAUAAUUACCUUCAUGAAAAUAAAAGCCCAUUUCUAAAUUAUCAGCCAAAUCAUGAACCACCACAUUAUAACAAUAAUCAAAUGUGUUAUCAACAACCUGCUGAUACUGAAACCGCUCCAGUUUAUUAUACGAAUGCACAAUUAUCGAGGUCCAACAUGCAAAAUAGUUCUGCAUGUCGUCCCAACGGUCAAUAUCAGCGAAGUCAAAUUCCAAUAAAAAAUAUCUCUGCCUCACAACAAACAUUUAGCAACGGAAAAAAAAUGGUUCAAAAUGAUAAUUGUUUGUUAGAACAGAAAACCCUACCUAUCAAGAACUUAGAAAAUGUGAGCAACCCUGAAGAACCCAUCAAGCCAAAUCUAAGUCUAGAUUGUGAACUUAAUCCAAAUGUUUCACAACUUUCGAACAAAUCUUGUAUGGAUUUAGUAAUUCCAGACCAAGAAUUACCGUCGCCUCUUUCACCUAAUAUUUCCCAGUUAAAGAAAACUCAGUCUUCAAACUUACCUAUAAAUCACAAAAUAAUUAAAGAAUCUUUAUUGCCUUUGGAUUUAAUUCAGACAGAUUGUUUGGAAACUGAUAGAGCAACGCAAGGCACCAGUGAAGCUCAUUUUGAUGAUUUAGAUAAUUUUUCUCCUGAAACUGAUAGGAAAAAGGACAAAAAUAAAGCAAUGUUCUACGAUGCUACCCUUGGUAUCGAAGAACAAAUUGAGAACUUAUCUGCCAAUGUAAAGGCUGUUGGAGGAAUGAAGUUUUUGCAUCUUUUCUUGUACCUUUGGCAAAAUAUUCCUUACGUGACCGAAGAAACUUUGUUACAAGCGCUACUUUCAGUGAAAAAAACCGUAGGAAAAUUUACUGGAAUGAAGAAGGAAAGUAUUUUGAUUUCUGUAAAAAGAAUACUUGAACCAGACACGGAAAAUUCAGGUAGCAUCCCAAAUGUCCUCACAGAAGUAUGCACAAUUUGUUAUGAAAAUUUCAGUACUUCAAAAACUUUACGACUUAAAUGUGGACAUACUUUCCAUUAUUCGUGCGGUAAUAAAUGGCUGGUAAACAAUAACGUUUGUCCGAUCUGCCGAUUUUGCAUUUUAUCUGAAGAUGAUGUUCAAUGAUGCAUUUGUUUACGUUAACAGUAUCCUGUGUUCUUUAUGACAAGCUUCUGGAAAUUUUAAGCUCUUACUAUAUCUUUUUUAUUGUACGUACACGUAAUGUUAAGUGAAUUUAUAUUUUUCUAUUUUCUCGAAUUAUUCAAUUUCGGUUUCACUUUUAUUAGUAAAAAUAAAAGAUUAAAUGAAAUAUGGAAUUAUAUUUUCACUACUUCCGCUUUAUUUAUUACCACCCUACUCUACAAAAAAUACCCGGCAGUAAAAUCAUAUUUAUAAUUACAAAGUUAUGAAUAUUGAAUGUUGCACUAAUCAAUAAACAAUCGCUUUGGUACUGCCACGGUGAACAGAAUUACGCGUCUACCAAACACGGAAAGCACUAGUAGUUCCUGAUCUGCUGUAGCAUUAAAGUUACUCUUCAUAAAUACUGAUUUCGCAA